AUGGUUUUUGGUGUAGCAAAGAUGAUGAAUACUCGUAGUGAAGAAAUUGUAACAAAAUUAUCAGUUGAUGAUGAAAAACAAGAGGAGGAAAACAAUUCGUGCAUUUCUUCGAUUGGAACAUCGAUCGGGUGCUCGAGGAAGAAGCUUCUUGUGCUUGAUAUUAAUGGACUUCUUGCUGACAUUGUUUCUCCACCUCCAAAGAAUGUUAAACAAGAUACAACCAUUUCGAGAAAAGCAGUAUUCAAGAGACCUUAUUAUCUUGAGUUUUUGAACUUCUGCUUUGAGAGAUUUGAUGUGGCUGUGUGGUCUUCAAGAUUGAAAAAAUAUGUUGACAGGGUUGUUGAUUAUUUGAUGGGAGACAUGAAACAAAGAUUGAUUUUCUGUUGGGAUUUGUCACAUUGUACUGAAACAAGUUUCAGAACACUUGAAAACAGACACAAACCACUUGUUUUUAAGGAUUUAAGGAAAAUUUGGGACAACUAUGAUCCUAAUCUUCCUUGGGAUAAGGGAUAUUACAAUGAAUCAAACACAUUGCUUUUGGAUGAUUCUCCCUACAAGGCAUUGCUUAAUCCGCCAUACAAUUCAAUCUUUCCUCAUACAUACAGUUAUGAGAAUCAGAAUGACAUUUCACUAGCUGCCGGAGGUAGUCUACGACGAUAUCUGGAUGGAGUAGCAAAUGCAGAAAAUAUGGUUAAGUAUGUAGAACAGCAUCCAUUUGGUCAAGAACGUCUUAAUGAAAGAAGUGAUUCUUGGAAUUUCUACCUCAAUGUUAUGAAUAGUCUUACAGUUUGUGGAAAUGAAAAGUGA